UAGCGCACAUCAUACGACGUACCACUUCCUCUGUGAGCCUUGAGUGAGCCCUGGUAGAAGAUACAAAGGCACUUCCUAUUUGAAAGGAUAUAUCUACGACUCAGAAUGACUGACGCGAGUUCCAUGAGUUCUUUGAGUGGAGUAGAGUCGGCGAGCGAGAUGUCGCAAAGCACGGUCGGAGCUGCAGGAGCAGCUCCAACAAGAGAGUGAUAGCAAUAUCCGUUGCUGCGCUGGGCUUGCUGUUGAUAGGUGGGGCUGUCAUAUUUGCUUUCACAGGUUUAUCCGGUGGCGACACUGGCGAUGCUGGCGGCGCUGACGACUCUGCCGGUGGCAGCGACGGAGGGGUACAGUAUGAUCCUUCCAGUGGUGUGGCCUCCGCGGACAGCCCGUCUUCGUCUACGACAAGUACCACUACAACAACAACGACAAAUCAAUGCAGCCUUUGCUGAAAAUAACAUCAAGCUGAAGAUGAAAGUAUACGACACCUAUGUGCUGAAUGAGGAACAGGACACAAACCACCUCGUGGAAAUUCCUGGGAGACAGUUUCAGUCAAUUGACAAAGAGAGAACCUUUGAGAUACUUAAGGGAAAAAUUGUUGAAUACCCUGGGGUCAACGAGUCCGACAUCGUCUACGUAUUCACGAGAAGGCUCCUCAGCACGGAAGGUUCUCAGGAGAAUAUUUUUGCCAGGUACGAAGAUAAAACAGGACCCUGUGGAGGACGUUUGCUGCCCAACAUCUACUACGACCCUCCCUUUUCCUACCUAGCUAUUACAAUAUAUGUGGCCCGAAACCCUGGUCAGGAUAGCGAACACGAGUGAAUGCGAUGACAUGCAUCUUGAUCAAUGCUACCAACAUCUCAUCCCUGCAUAUAAGGACGAUUUGAAUAGAAGCCUAUGCUACACAACGACAGACACGCAAAAUGCGCCUACAUUUUCAGGAGUAGUAGGAUUCAACGUAGAUAAUUUCUGUAAGGCGAGCGCUACUAUGGAUGGACUAACAGCGGGCAAAGGCUCUACAGUGAGCAAAUCGUGUACCACGCCGUGUGGGGUUUCGGGACACUCGUAUGGCACCAACUUCCUUGGUCCAUGCAAGGCUCCGCAGACUUCCGGACAAGCAUGCUUCGACGACGACCAUGUGCUGUGCUUCUUGAAGAAUGUGAAAAGAAAUACAGCGAGAUAAAA